CACCGCCUACCUGCUGCUUUCAGCUGUGAUUUUUUUUUUUUUUUUCUUCAAUAGUGUGAUAAUAACUUGUUGCCCUCGCCUCUUACCUUCUUCUUCCUCUCUCCUUGUCUCCCCCAAUCCUCUUCUCCAGUACAGCAGCAUUUGCAACAUCUGCUCGCCAUUGAGUGGAUUUUCAUGUGCUGUAUUGCUCACUUAUAGGAUUACCGGCAAGCGACUUGGAGUCUUUGCGCUUGCUGUACGAUUCGUACAUAGGGACGAAGAAAGACUCCACCGAUUCGGAGCUCCAACAUCGCAUCCAGCAUCAACAUCGAGAUACCCCAGAGACGAAAGCCGUCCCUAUACUUGCGCAUAUCCACCACUAUAAUCCCGCAGCAAUCAAUCAAAUUGAAUGACCCGCUCAAAGCGCCUUCAAGCAACAGCAACUCAAGCAACAGCAUCCCCAGCAGCAUCCUCGGCAGCAUCUUCAGCUUCAGCCUCUGCUUCCCAGCCUCUCCUCUCCUCCAAUUCCUCCUCUUCCACCUCUGCUCCAUCUUACGGCACCACCGCCAGCAUGUCCAACCCCGCCCCGCCGUACGUCGAGGCCUACUCCAAGGCCGGCUUCUCCACCACCGUCGUCUCGUCCGGCGACAAGAACGACGAGGGAACCGUCACCAACAACGGCGCCGAGGGCAACCACAAUGGCGAGCAGGGCCCCGUCACCGACGCCACCCUCUCUGAAGGAAUCCACAUCCUCGAGGCCUCCUCCACCCACUGGUGGUCCUACCUGACCACCGUCGACUUCUGGGCCGUCAUCGCCGUCGGCCAGGUCCUGUCGCUCUGCAUCACCGGCACAAACACCUUCACGUCCUUCCUCGCCAACGUCGGCACCAACAUCCCCGCCUUCCAGACCGUCUUCAACUACAUCCUGCUCUUCCUCAUCUACACCACCAUCACCCUGUGGCGCGACGGCCCCCGCGUCUGGUGGGACAUCCUGGUCAAGGACGGCUGGCGCUACAUCAUCAUGUCCUUCCUCGACGUCGAGGGCAACUACUUCACCGUCCUGGCCUACCGCUACACCAACCUGCUGUCCGCCCAGCUGCUCAACUUCUGGUCCAUUGUCUGCGUCGUCAUCAUCUCCUUCAUCCUGCUGCGCGUGCGCUACAAGAUCUUCCAGGUCAUCGGCAUCCUCAUCUGCUGCGGCGGCAUGGGCAUCCUGCUGGCCUCUGACCACAUCACCGGCGCCAACGGCGGUCCGGGUGUCGACAUGGUCAAGGGUGACCUCUUCGGCCUGCUGGGCGCCACGCUCUACGGUGUCUCCAACGUCUUCGAGGAGUGGCUCGUCUCCAAGCGGCCCAUGCACCACGUCCUGGCCUUCAUGGGCCUCUUUGGCAUGAUCAUCAACGGCAUCCAGGCCGCCAUCUUUGACCGCAAGUCCUUCCAGGAGGCCCAUUGGGACGGCUCAGUCGGCGGCUGGCUCGCCGGCUACACCCUCUGCCUGUGCAUCUUCUACACGCUUGCACCCCUCAUCCUGCGCAUGGGCAGCGCUGCCUUUUUCGAUAUUUCUCUCCUGACUGCCAACUUUUGGGGUGUCAUCAUCGGUAUCCACGUCUUUGGCUACACCAUCCACUACCUCUACCCCAUUGCCUUUGUCUGCAUCAUCAUCGGCCUCGUCAUUUACUUCCUCUCCGGCAGCGUUCUCGGCGACUCCAAGAAGCCCUGGCUGGGCGACAACCAGGAAGAUGGUGUGGCUGGCUUUGGUACCGCCAAGCUGCGCGCCAUCAACGCCGCUAGGAAGGCCCAGUUGAAUGCUACUGGCACCGAGGCUGGUACCGUUACGGAUGAGUAAAAUACCAAAGUCAACCAAGGUGCAAAGAGGAAAGAGGACGAAGAGGAGGGAAAAUUCGAAUUGAAUUAUUAUUCAAGAAAAAGAAAGAGAUGGGAAAAACGUAAUUGUUAUUUACAGGGGUCAUACAUGAAAGAGAUAUAACCUACAUCUAUAUCUAUAUCUAUAUAUAUAUACCCAAUACUGCCUUAAUAUGCUUUAUAUAUGAGUAUUUAUUUCUUUGGAUACGCGAAG